AGCGGGGCCCGGCGAGCACAACACGGCCGGGAGAGAGGACGAACAGCAGCAGCAACAAAAAAAACAACGAUACAUACAGAAGGCGCCCGAGCAUACCCUGCAGCUUCACCUGAGCACACACUUUCAAUCGAUCGAUUGCGCAGAGCAUUCGUGGUGCGCUCUGCCAUUUCCGCGGGUUCGUUCCCUGAAGGAGAGUUGGUCCUAACUGAAACCCUCGCUGCAUCAUCACAACACUCGUGCGGCCUGUGCUGUUGUGUGUUGCUGCUUUUUGUCGUGCGUGUGCCGUUUCGUUCGCGUUCGUAUCCGCGCGACCGCGUGUUGUGCGUUUGUCAGUUGACAGGGCCGGACACGGCGGACAGUUCGAAUUGCGCCCUCCGUUCGGACAAACGCCACCAAACAAAAUACCCGAAACCCGAACGUUGGUCGUACCGCGGCCUCUACACGGAAGCUACUACCGUGCAGUGUGUAGUACAGUAACACUUACGAUUGCUUUUUUGGGUGGAUGGUGUACUACGACGAGUGUACUACCGCAGGUCCCGAUACCAUCGACGGGUGUGUAAUCUAGUGGUGAAUAUAUGUUCUCAGUGGGUGAGUGUGUGUCAAGUGAGAAUGUUUAGAAUUUCUGGGAAUCAAGUGUCAAAAUCCCAAGCCACUCUGGAUCUUCCUGUUUUGAUGUUAUAAAGGCAUCCCAGUAGACUACUACGCUUUCGUGCUCCAAAGUACUAGAUUGAGCUAAAGAGGGGAAAAACGGAUAAGAAAAGCAGCGAAAUUCAUAUCACAAGAACCAAAAGUGUAUUUUCUCACCAAGUCGGGAAGAAUUGGUCUAGCAGAUUUUUCCAACAAAUCUUACCUGAAAAAUAGUGAAUACAUGCAUAUGGAAAUAAUAGUGAUGAGCGCAUGAAGAAUCAAAAACAAAUACCGUGCCAAAGUUGUUGUACCCCCAGGCUUCAUCAAAACCAUCAAGUGUCGUCUAGUGAACGGGACACGCGAUCUGGAGAAUAAACUUCGCUUCUACGCGCUCUUCUUGCCACUCUGUAACCUACCUUACACAACCCUAACAUCCCAACUAUUCAAGCUGCAUUACUUAAGCGUGAUACUUUAAUGUGCCUUUUUCCAGCUGCGAAAACCAAGAGCGCGAAAACUUCAACACACACAACACAUAUCCCAAGAACAAGAACUGGGAAGAUCACAUUUGUGGAGUGCAUUGGGUGCAUACAUUUUGCUGGAUAUAGGUGUUGGUGAGUGAGUUAAACGUGUGCCGUGUGUUCUUGCAGAAUAAUUUCCCACCAGCCAACGUAAAGAACUUCCGGAUUGUGGUACCAUUUUAUAAGACGUCUUAGUGAACGUGAUUUAUCGGUGAUAUUGUACACGAGGUGAGACUAUUCAGGAAAACCUUUUGUAAAAACGCAGCUCUCUGUAGCGCUUUCAAUUAACAAAACAUCUUCCCACGUGUCCAGUGUGAGUGUGUUGUUUAUUCUUUUGUGUACAAGAAGUGUGGUGUCCGUUGUAUUAACGCAAGUGUUGAAGGACUGCUCAAGAGUGUUCUUUUGUGAGUGUGAGUAAAAGAAUUCGACGACUAAUUUCACCUGUAAAGAGACCUUUGGGCGAGAAAGGAAGCCAGAAUAUUCCCUGCGACAUGAUUAUGGUAAGCCGGCAAUGAAAGCAUAAUUCACGCACCUGACCACUACCCUUCUCCAAGGAAUACAUUAAAGAAAAAAACAUUGAACCAACGCACGAUUGGAUACUCGUGCCGCGGGAAAGAAGAGAGUGAGAGAGAAAGAGCAAAAGAAGAACCAAAAAAAAAUCCUUCCUCAAGUACGUCGUGCGCCAAAUUGCGCCAGAUAGAAGUAAAACGAAAAGAUCGGUGCGUGCCCCAUCGGAAAAAAGGGGGGCGGAAAAAUCGUGCACCAAAGAGGAAGGAUAAGGAACAAAUUCAAACGAUAACGCGAAAAAGUAAAACGUGUGCAAAGAACUCUUCUGGGUAAUCACUGUAAUCGACGCGUGGAUUAAUGUGUCCAAAACGGCGAACCGAGGCACGUGCUUUUGGAGAUUUUCAACAAGCACCGGUACGUUUAGAGACGCACGGUAACGAAAGUAUGCAAUGAGCAAAGGUUUCAUUACUACACAUACCACAAUCAGUACGUUUGAUGAUUAAAGAAGCAUCUCAGCUUUAAUUCCCCAACAAUUGCAACGUCGCCUUAACCAAACUGCAAAAACAAAAAGCAAAACCCAAAAACAGUAAGCUAGCUCACAGUUCGGCGGCCGACGUACAACAACAUCGGCAGCAUAACUGCCGCCCCCAGCAUAAACCGUAGCGGCCGUAAUAGCCGCCGUCGGUUUGGCCGCCCCACAGGAGUAUGACAUUUCGCUGCGUUCCUCCGUACGACGCUAGCGCACAAUGGACACUCACACCGUCCCUACAAUCACAGCUGGAGCGGCUCACUAGUCAUGGAGGCAUAGGACUGUCGAGCGGAAGUCCUGCAUACUCAGCGCACACCGGCGGACACACGGGGAGAAACGGACCAGCGAGCGGACACAGCGGUAGCCACGGUGGUUCACACGGUCCCGGUCCCACCAUGCAUCACCAGACGCUCCAGUCCGACUUCCAACCGCCCUACUUCCCGCCACCCUUCCACCAUACCACCCAAAGUCCACCGCAGCAACAGAACCACGGUCUCGACUAUCUUAGUACGGAUCCGUACGGGCAACCACUGUCCUCGCUACAUCAUGCGCCCCUGCAUCAUUACAAUCAGCUGGCCGGGCUAAGACCGUCACAGGAACAGCUCGGACUACAUCGAUCUCACCGCGAGUCCGAACUGCAACAGCACGUGACCCAACUGUCACACGGCUUUCCGUACUCGGACCGGCGUAGCGAUUACAGUGGCUCGAUCGGAUCCGGUGCCGGUGCAACCCGGCUCGGUGCCCACGAACAUGACCCGCUGGCACUGCACCAAGCCCUACAGAGUGCCGUCGACGAUGGGCAAAACCCGGUGAUAGAUGAGAACGCGGGCUUUAUGAGUGAUCUGCCACUGCUCAAAAAUUUCCCCAUCACCGACAUCAAAAAGGAUAGCAGCCAAAUCAAUCUCGGUUCACCGAGCGAUGUGUUCUGUUCCGUGCCCGGGCGGCUAAGUCUUCUAUCGAGCACCUCAAAAUACAAAGUAACCGUAGCGGAAGUGCAACGUCGGCUAUCGCCACCAGAGUGUUUGAAUGCGUCCCUGCUAGGAGGUGUCCUGAGACGAGCGAAGAGUAAAAACGGGGGACGAUUGUUGAGGGAAAAGUUGGAAAAGAUUGGUCUGAACCUGCCGGCCGGACGGCGUAAGGCGGCGAACGUUACACUACUGACGUCCUUGGUUGAAGGCGAAGCAAUUCAUCUGGCGCGUGACUUUGGGUACGUGUGUGAAACGGAGUUCCCGGCCCGUCAGGUGGCAGAGUAUCUAUCCCGUCAGUACUCGGAACCGCAGGAGUCCUAUCGAAGGAAGGAGCUAUUGCUCAACACGAAACAGGUCACAAAAGAGCUAAUGGAUCUGCUGAACCAAGAUCGAUCGCCACUCUGCAAUACCAGACCCCAGCAUAUCCUGGACCCUUCGAUACAGCGACAUCUGACGCAUUUCUCGCUGAUCUCACACGGUUUCGGUUCGCCGGCUAUCGUUGCCGCACUGACAGCAAUACAGAACUAUCUAAACGAAUCGAUCAAACACCUGGACAAGAUGUAUCCGGGCAAUGGCGGCAGUAUGGUCACCUCUUCGCUAGACAAGAACAAAAUGGAAAGCGACAAGAAAUGACAGUUAUAAAAUUAUCUCUUCACUAAAAUUGAUCGAUUUUAGUGCGUGGGAACAACCGGGUGGGUGGCUGAGCUGGUGGAGGAACGUACGUACACAUGGCACGUUGCUUAUCGAAUGUUGCGCGAAAUCGAUCUGGUGACAAGGAGGGGAAAACCCUUCAGACUGCCAAGUGUUAAGAGAAUGAAAUAGGGCGUUAAAAGAACUACAACGCCUCACUCGCCUUCUGAGUUCAGUUGCAGUUGUACAUUAUUCUGGUUCGAGUAUAGAACGCUUGUAAAAGACAGAAGGGAUAAAACGGACAAAGUUUUCAUUCUGCAGGCUACUUUCGGCAAAACAUACAAUUGUGAUUGCAAGUGUAAAGCAAAGCAAAAGAGCCAAGAACACAUGUCACAGCAUGAGAUUUCAACAAGCACAACGAUCACUCGCCGACGAGAUCACCCGGAUGAGAACUAAACGGAGGGAGAGAAAAAAAUGUAAAGAAAAGUGAAAUCAUUAAGUUAGCUAACUUUAAAGCAUGUACCGGACAGGGCAACCACUGACGACACUAUGUCGAACGGUAGUAUUUUUAGUUGUUUUGUUUUUUUUUGCAUUCCACCUAGACCCGGUUUGUUUUGGUUCUUGGUUCCAUUCCUUUAUAUAGGAGUACGAUAUAAGCAAUAGCAGUAAGUACGAACGAGUAUUAUACUUAGGUUUGUUUUAUUUCUCUGUCCCACCCACCCCCAAUUGAAGCGUGCCCCAGCCCCUGAUUGUCGUUGAUAGUGCUUGAUCUUCCUUGUGAUAAAGGUAUUAUUUAAAUGUGUAUCUAACAUAGCUCAAAGAUAGUAUUCGGUUAACUGAAACAUACGCGCACAGACAAGAAGCUUUUGCAGGAACGAAACGAACGGUGAUGAUGCUGAAGGUGAAUCAAAAUGAAGCGUUUCUUACUUAACUCAUCCACUAAAUUGGCAUUCGCUCACGAAUUCUUACUUCAUCAAACAAAACGCCCGGAAGUACGCACGAAUGCACAAAACAGGAAGAAUAAUUUAUUUCUAGUGAUAUUGCUUCACUUUUAACUGAAAACGGUAAACUUAUGUGCCAAAAUUGACGCUUUCGGUUACUAAUACUACUAGAUGAAACUACUAACUUCAGCGCCAUACUGAUCCCAUCAAAAUUCUUAGUGCCAAAAAAAGGAAACAGGUUGGGUUCUUUCGUUGUUGUGCGAUCGUACAGUGGCGCCAGAGGAUCGUGAGUGAGACUAUCGCCAAUGUCAUCGAGAAGUGCCAUCGCUUACCGAAGCGUCCCUCUUCUUUCGUACGUGUGCACUUGUCAGUUUUGUAUGGAUUUGUCCGUUAGCACUACUAACAAGGAUCACAAUUCUUUGCCAUAAGAACCUGGGUGCUGUUGAGCCCGUGCAUGCCAAAACCAGACGCUGCGCAUAUCUUCCAAUGUUCCCGCUCCUCCCUAUCUGGAAAGGGUCUUAGAUAAUUAAUCAACCAAGAAAAUAUACUUAGACACACCCGGUCGCACCAAAAAAACAAAAAAUCAACCUCUGGUAGCUGUACAUUCUGAAUGAAAGCGUAACACUUUGCACAUUGGCCGGUAUCUCCGUUGACCAUCAUAGACCACAUAGGAAAUGGUUAAGGCGUGUGUGUGUAUGUUAUCUGUACAAAGGCAAAUAGAAUCAAAUAAUUUAGUCUUAGCUCUCUAGCUAAAAUUUGCGAUCGCUGUACAGCCACGAAUAGGGACAGCAAGAGGAAGAGAAGCUUUGCAAGAUAUAAUAAAAAUGUACACCGAUGUACACGAGAGAAGCAACCGACAGUUCGGACGGGCUAAAUUUGAAUCAAUAAUCGUUUCAAAUUUCACUUCAUUCCAUUUUACGGCAUAUCCUUAGUAAGAUAUUUAACGCGAUCAGAAACGCACCCUGCAUAUAUCAGUAUAUAUAUACACACGCAUGAAAAUGAAAACCGUUGGAAUUCGGAAACAAAACUCAAUCAUCGAUACGCGAUACGGUGAGCUAAAACACACAAAAGAUACGCGUGUAUGUGUUUAUGUAAACACGCCGUUGGUUUUCAAAUGAUUUAUAAAUUUAUGUAAGCAUACAGCAGCUACAUCACUAUUACACAAAGAUUCAAAUCGAUCAAAUUUCACCUGUCCAUAUGUGCACAUAAAAACAGCGUAAAUAAAAUACACAAAAAAACGAAACACACAAUGCCAAUCCAGGAUGACAAACAACAUAAGUUUAAAUGCAACUGAAUGUCCCUGCACCGAACCACGUGGCCAAGCACUCCGAACGGACAAAUUUUGUGUCAAUAAAAGAAAAACAAACAAACAGUUGAUUGCGGUUUAGGUAUAAAGGAAAAUCCAAAAAAAAAACAAAGUGUAAAAUAAAUCAGAAGCCACAAAAAUAGUAAGGAAGAAUUACAAAAAAAACAGCGCUCACACACGCAAUUUUCCUACACGGAACUAUGAGAAGAAACAAAACAGCAAGAAACAAAUGUUUAUGACAUACAUUUCUGAACUAUUGAAAAUUUAAAUUAAAUAAAAUAUAUAUUUUAAACUCAUCA